AUGUCCAACAUCCUCACAGUCUUCGGCGCCACCGGCGUCCAAGGUGGCUCGGUGAUCCGUGCCGUCCUCGCAGAUCCGGUCUUGUCCAAGACCUUCAAAAUCCGAGCCGUCACCCGGGACGCAUCCAAGCCCUCAGCACAGGCCCUUGCCCAGCAGCAUGAGGGGAUCGAGGUCGUAUCAGCCGACAUGGACUCGCCUGCCUCCCUAGCCGCGGCGCUCAAGGACAGCCACACGGUCUUCCUCGUCACGCUGCCGGACAUGGUGACUGGCGCGCCUGCCGGCACCGAGACACGGCACGGCAAGAACGUCGCCGACGCCGCCAAGGCCGCCGGCGUGCAGCACCUGGUCUUCUCAUCGCUCAUCAACGUCACCGAGGCCUCCGGAGGAAAACUCCCCCACGUCGCCCACUUCGACAGCAAGGCCCAUGUUGAGAAGUACAUCCGUGAGCAAGGCAUCCCGGCCACCUUCAUCCAACCGGGCUACUACAUGACCAACUUCACCAACCUGGGCCUGCUCCGCAAGGGCGAGGACGGGUCUUACACGCUUGCCGGACCGACCAGUCCCACCAAAGCACAGCUGCCGCUUUUCUUUGCCGAUGAGGAUAUGGGAAAAUACUUUGUAGCCAUCGCACGCAAUCCCUCCGUCACCCUCAACAAGGCUAUCCCCGCCGCGGCCGACUACUACACCCCGGCCCGAAUCAUGGACGAGUUUACACAGGUGACAGGUCGCAAGGGCCAGUAUGUGCAGCUCGACCACGCCGUCUACAAGAGCUUCCUGCCGCCGCCUAUCGCCCAGGAGAUUCUUGAGAAUGAAAUGCUGUGCGAGGAACCAGGCUUCUUUGCCGGCGGUUCGCUGGUUGACGGCCGGGAGCUGCUGGCUGGGGUUGGGCUGAAGGUGACUAGCUGGAAGGAGUUUUUGGAGGGGAGGAAGGGGCUUUUUGAAUAA